AGCGGCGCAGUCGGCGCAGGCGCAGAUGCAGCGGCUUUGGGGCGGGCGUGCCGGCUGAGGCUACCUUGGAGGUGCCGAAGCUGCUUCUCUUUCCCUUUUCUCUCCCUGAUCUUCUCUGGGUGGUUUACUUGGUUCUGCACUCUCAUGCUUUCCGUGGCCACGCAGACAGGUCCUAAACUGAGCACUCAGUUGCUCUGUAGUGGUUCCAAGUGUGAAGAGGCUGGUGUGUUUUACAGAGAAAACAGCAUCCAAUAUAAAGUUGAAUCAAACGUGGAAGAUUAAUUGUUCAUGAAAACAAAACAAACCAGCAACUCAGACCCUGCUUUCUUCAAAGAUUGGCUUUGCCUCGGUCUUGCUAGACUCUUCAUCUAUGGUUCCUGUUAUUUUGCGUUUGUAUUUCAAUGGAGUUAGACACAGCAGCAUACAAAGUCAGUGGGAAAUGAAUUCUUUCUCUUGUUAGGUUGAAGUGCUUGGUCUAAAGUCAACCCUAGGUUGGCUUGGACAGAAAAGUGGAAAGAAAUGCUGAACUUUACCAGAUGUCAACAUCUGAAACAGAUAACGCGGAAGUGUUUUUCUAGUGCACCGGUUAACGUGCGGACUCACAUGCAGCGCUUGCUCUCACGGGCCUUUGCAUAUGCAGGAUCAGGGAAGUCAUGGCACUCAAUCCACUCUCUUGUUGGAGACAAAAAUAUUAUCCUGAUGGGGCCUCCUGGUGCAGGGAAAACGACAGUAGGUAGAAUAAUAGGUCACAAACUAGGUCGCUGUGUUAUUGACGUGGUCGAUGACAUCCUUGAGAAAACCUGGAAGAUGAGCGCUUCUGAAAAGUUGCAGGAUGUUGGUCAUGAGCAGUUUUUAGAAGAAGAAGGAAAAGCCGUGUUAAACUUGUCUGCAUCUGGAAGUGUGAUUUCCCUCAGUGGGUCCAAUCCCAUGCAUGAUGCUAGUAUGUGGCAUCUGAAGAAAAAUGGGAUUGUUGUGUACCUGGAUGUGCCUCUAGUGGAUAUAAUUAAUCGUCUGAAAUCAGUGAGAGUUAGCAGGAUUGUUGGUCAGAACUCGGGAGCGUCUAUGAGAGACCUCCUGCAGCACAGAAGACUGUACUAUAAGAAGUGGUAUGACACUCGAGUCUUCUGUGAGAGCGGGGCUUCCGCCGAGGAGGUUGCAGACCGAGUGCUGGAUGCGGUGAAACGAUACCAAGAUGUGGAUUCAGAGACUUUCAUUUCAACAAGGCACGUGUGUCCCAAAGACCUUGACAAGAAGCCUCCACCAAAAUGUUUCAGUGAAGCUGUGAUUGAGGGAUUGGCUUCUGAUGGCGGACUCUUUGUCCCUGAGAAGGAGUUUCCAAAAUUAAGCUGUGGGGAGUGGAAAAGCCUAAUAGGAGCGACCUACAUAGAGAGAGCGCAGAUACUUCUGGAAAGGUGUAUUCACCCUGCGGACAUACCUGCCACCAAGUUGGGAGAAAUGAUUGAAACUGCUUACGGGGACAGCUUUGCCUGCUCCAGAAUUGCCCCCGUCAGGCACCUGUCAGGCAACCAGUUCAUCCUGGAGUUGUUCUAUGGGCCCACGGGGUCCUUCAAGGAUUUGUCUCUGCAGCUCAUGCCGCAUAUCUUUGCCUACUGCAUCCCACCAGGUUGCAAUUAUGUGAUCCUUGUAGCUACUUCAGGAGACACAGGGAGUGCAGUCUUAAACGGGUUUAGCCACCUUAGUAAAAACGACAAGCAAAGGAUAGCUGUGGUCACAUUUUUCCCAGAGAGUGGAGUUAGUGGUUUUCAAAAAGCACAGAUAAUUGGCAGUCAGAGAGAAAACGGAUGGGCAAUAGGUGUCAGGUCAGAUUUCGAUUUUUGCCAGACGGCUAUAAAAAAAAUAUUUAACGAUUCUGAUUUUACUGGCUUUCUGACUGUGGAAUAUGGAACAGUCUUAAGUUCAGCAAAUUCUAUAAAUUGGGCUCGGCUGCUUCCCCAAGUAGUUUAUCAUGCAUCUGCCUAUCUUGAUCUUGUUAGCCAAGGGUUUAUUUCCUUUGGAAGCCCAGUAGACGUCUGUAUCCCCACAGGAAACUUUGGGAACAUGCUAGCAGCAGUCUAUGCCAAGAUAAUGGGGAUCCCUAUCCGAAAAUUUAUCUGUGCCUCUAAUCAGAACCACGUUUUGACAGAUUUCAUAAAAACGGGACAUUAUGACCUAAGGGAUAGGAAAUUAGCACAAACAUUUUCACCGUUAAUAGAUGUUCUCAAGUCUUCAAACCUGGAGCGACACUUAUACUUGAUGGCCAACAAAGAUGGACAGUUAGUGGCAGAUUUAUUUAAUCAGUUGGAGAACCAGCUUCACUUCCAAAUAGAGAAGAUGCUCGUCCAGAAGCUGCAGGAGGACUUUGUUGCUGACUGGUGUUCUGAGGGAGAGUGCCUCGCAGCCAUCAGCACUACCUACAACACGGCAGGGUAUAUUCUGGACCCACACACGGCUGUCGCAAAGGUGGUUGCAGACAAGAUGCAAGACAGAAGCUGCCCGGUGAUCAUCUCAUCGACAGCUCACUACUCCAAGUUUGCGCCCGCUAUCCUGCAGGCCCUGAAGAUUAAAGAGCUCAACGAGACAUCAUCAAGCCAGCUUUACUUACUGGGCUCGUACAAUGCAUUACCACCUCCUCAUGAGGCUUUGUUAGAGAGAAUGAAACAGCAAGGGAAGAUGGACUACCAGGUUUGUGCAGCUGACGUGAACGCCCUGAAGAGCCAUGUAGAAAGUCUGAUCCAAAAUCGGUUCAUAAGGAAGUCUGAGUAGAGUAUUCUUGGCAAGAAGCAAAAAAUAAAUCUAGACAGUUGGUUGGGACUACAGUAGCGUUUUGUUUUGUGUAAAUGUUGUGUGUGCAUCUGUUGGAAACCCAGUGCCCUGACCCCUGGGCCUGACCUUACACCUGCAGUGACCCCCAGGUCCUCCAGAAGAGACCUUCCAGCAUCGCCCCUGGAGCCUGGUGCUGUCAAGCUUCAUUCUCUGCUUAUGGGGCAUAUGGCAGUUUCUCCUUCACCCCCACUUCUGAGAGGAACAAAAUACUGGUAUCUAGCUUGGUAUUUAAAAAUAUUUAAGCACAGCUAAGUACUGCAUCUGUAGCCAUUUACUGUUUAUUGUUCAAACCGUUUGCUGCUUGAGAUAGUUAACUCACAUAGCAAAAAUAGGAAGUUAGUUCAUUAAUAUUGGAGCCAUAUUUUUUUAACCCUUUCAAGCUCCAGCUUGGACAGUGGUUGCUUGUGUGUAUCUACCCUGUCCAGUUAGAGUUGGCGGACUGUUCACUACCCUUAGAAUAUUUGUAGUUAGGCUGAGGACGUCUGAAAGUUGAGCCAGCACUUGACUCUAGGGUGUAGCAAUCAACAGAACUGCAGAGUGUAGUAUACAGAAAUAAAACCACCUACUUCAAGAGGAAGGGGUUCCAAAAUCAGUAAUGUUUAAAAGUUUUAAUAAAAGUACAAUUAUAGACAACAGCUUUUCUAUAUUAUUCAAAGUCUGUUCCUAUUUGUCUCAAAUUUAAUAAACAUUUUUGGGCACCUAACCCACUCAAAUUAA